UUAACAUUUGUCAGAAUAUCCUAAAAAUCGAUCUUCGAAGAUAGUUAUCUUGGAACGUGAAAAUGGUCGGUAUGGACAUCGUAAGCGUGAUACUGACUCCAUUCUUCGUGCUAGCCGUCACGUAUACUGUCGCCCCUCCAUCGCCGUCGAGGCUCGCAAUCCUUCUCAAAUGUCUCCCCAUUGUCUGCCUCUGUGGUCUCGUCAUCGCUGUCACCCUGGGCUCCGCCACUCAUACCCAGCUCAUCCAGAGAUACAAUACCGCUGUCAUCGUCGGGCUCGCACUAUCAGGCAUCGGCGAUGCAGCUUUGGUUUACGUCGACGACCAGGGUUUCUUCAUCCUCGGGCUUCUCUUCUUCGCUCUGGCUCAUCUUUCUUACAUCUACGCCUUCGGAUGGAAGCCGGUCAACAUUCCCCUCCUCUUCCCAUGCUUCAUCUUAGCGUGCAUCGGGUACAGCUUGGUCUAUCAAGGCCUUGCCGAGCACAAUUUGGUGUUCCUCGGGGGUCUAUACACGGUCCUCCUCAUGUUCAUAGGGUGGCGGGCUCUGGCGAGAGCUCGCUUGUCCGAAAGUCGUUGGACGUGGACUCAGCUGGCAGCACCCCUUGGUGCUCUGUUCUUCUGUUUCUCUGAUGCUACUCUCGCAAUGAACAAAUUCUACAAACCAAUCCCAUAUUCCCAGACUAUAGUCAUGUCAACCUAUUACGCAGGGCAGUUAGGCAUCGCUUUGUCAGUUCUGGGGCAUGAUAGUAAAAUGUAACUACUGCACUUUAAUAAUAUGAUUUCCAAAAGUCAUAUCAGUUUUGCAGAUUGCUGGGGAUGGCGGGAGCAUUUUUUUCUUCAUGGGAGGUGGGCACCAUGGAUCUGCCUGUUUUAUUUUAUUUUAUAAUUAUGAUCUGAAAUAUGAAGUAUUCACUAUCGCUUCGUUAAAUAAAGGUAUUGGUAAGUGCUUGUAAAAAAAUGAGAACAUAUCAAAGGCUAUGUUAUUGUGAUAUAUUGAUCAAUCUACAUAAAAAUCGAAGAUUAAAUGAAUAAGUAAUUAUAUCAAUAACAAGAGGUGCUUUACCAUUUUACCCUACUCUGUCACCUGUGAAGCUCACGAAAGGUAAAUAAAAAGAGAGGUGAAAAGGAACGAGGGAAAAUUAGAAAUAGAGUGUGUGUGUGUGUGUGUGUGUGUGUGUGUGUGAGUGUGCGUUUGUGUGUGUGCGUGUGUGUGUAUGUGUGCGUGGGAAGGGUGCGUGAGGAUGAUGCGCGCAUGCGUUUUAUAGUAUGUGUGUGUACAAUCGAUGUAUUAAAAAUGUAUUGAAUCAUGUCAAGAUGAGAAACAACUGUAUUUCUAAGAAUGAUUUGUAUUGUUUUGGA